AUGACGACGACGACGACGAUUCGCGGAUCGAGGGCGAUGGUGUGGAGUGUCGUCCGAAGCUUGGCAGGCGUGCGUCCUGCGCUGCGUGUUCCUGUGUGCGGAGUGCGCAGCAUGCAUGCUACGCCGGCGCUGGGCAACAAGGGGCGUGCGCGCAAGAGUCCCAAGACGCUGCUGCGGCUGUACGCCGAGGGCCAGCUCAAGGGCCCGGAAGCCCGGCAGGCUGCCGCGCUCCUGGCAGAGCAGAACUCGGAGAAGGGCCUCCGCGCCCCUCAAGAGAGCGACGAGAACAAGUCGAGUGAUACCCUAUCGCUGUCGGAGGCGCGCCGCGUGAUCCGGGCCGUCGAGGCGGCGCGGCCGCGUAAUGCGUACGAGCUGCACAUUGUGACGAGUGUGCCGCCGAACCAGACGAAUGCGUUCCGUGGCCGCAUUUCGUACCCGAAGGACCCGCGCAUCAAGGGCGAGACGGUGCUGGUGUUUGCCGAGCAGGGGAGCGAGGCAGCCGACGCGGCGCAGCAGGUGGCGUCGCAGCUGGAGGCGCAAGGCUCGUCGAUGCGCCUGGUGAUCGGCGGGAAUGACAUGAUCGGAGAUACGGUGGCGGGACGCGUGCCGUCGUUCUCGCGUGUGCUGUGCACGACGAGUCUGCUGCCGAGUCUGAGCCGCUCGCUCGCUCGUGCGCUGGGUCCGAAAGGUCUGAUGCCGAGCACGAAGCGUGGCACGGUCGUCGAAGAUGCGGAGGAAAUGCAUGCCGCGAUUGAUCAGCUGGUGACGGGCGUCGACUGGCGUGGCGACCGUGUGGGCGUCGUGCGCGCGGCGGUGGGCCGCAUCUCGUUCAGCGAGGCUGAGCUGCGUGCGAAUGUGCAGGCGCUGCUGGAUGCGAUCAUUCACAAGGCCGCGAGUGGUCUGGCCGGCACCAAGGUCAGCGCGCAAGUCGUGGCUGGCUACAUGCGAGACAUGACGACGGAGCAGGCGGACGGCCAGACCGUGCAGCAGCGCAGCGUGGCUGCGAUGAAACGCGCGCUGUCGAUCGUGCAGCAGGUGCACCUGAGCUCGACGCAGGGACCUGGCAUUCGGCUGCGUCUCGACGAUGUGCUGUAA